GUCGAGGAAAAAGUAUCUGGGACACGUUCUCCAAAAGUUCUGGAAACAUCGUUGAUGGAUCAAACGGAGAUAAGGCCAGCGACUCUUACGAUAAAUACAAAGAAGAUGUCCAGUUACUGAAGCAACUGGGGGUUACGCACUAUAGAUUCUCCAUUUCAUGGAGUCGGGUCUUACCAAAUGGUACCCUGAGUUGGAGGAAUGAUAAGGGAAUCGACUUCUAUAAAAAUCUUGUUAAAGAAUUAAAAGACAACAACAUAGAACCCGUGGUGACCCUCUAUCACUGGGACCUACCACAGAGCCUACAAGAUAUUGGCGGAUGGGAAUCGCCUAAUACUAUAACCCGUUUUGAAGAGUAUUCUAGAUUGAUGUUUCAACAACUGGGUUCCCAGGUGAAGAUGUGGAUCACAAUCAACGAGCCCUAUGACAUCGCUUGGUAUGGAUAUGGAACCGGAAGUCAAGCUCCUGGUAAAGAGCCCGGAACUAAACCCUAUACUGUCGGACACAACUUACUUAUAGCGCAUGCUCGGGUUUACAAACUUUAUAAAAGGGAUUUCGCCACUCAGGGAGGAAAAAUAGGAAUUGCUCUUAACUCAGACUGGAAAAUGUCAAAAACGAGUAAAACUGCAGAUGUACAAGCUGCAAAGAGAGCUUUAGAUUUUAUGCUAGGUUGGUUUGCAAAUCCAAUAUUUGGGAAUGGCGAUUAUCCAACAGAAAUGAAAACCAGAGCAGGAGGUCGUCUGAAAACACUAACAGCUUCUGAGAGAAAUGAUAUUAGAGGUUCAUCCGAUUUCUUUGGAAUCAACCACUAUACCACAAAACUUGUUGAAGACAGUCCAUCAACGAUAAGUGGUGACAGCUAUGUUAAAGAUCUCGGCGUGAAGGAGUCGUUUGAUCCAACAUGGGAAGGACCAAAAGAUAAGAAAAUAUACCCCGAAGGAAUUCGAAAACUUUUGAAGUACAUAAAAGAUACGUACAACCCCUCAACUAUCUACGUCACAGAAAACGGGGUCGGUGACUGUGGAACAAUAUUAGACGAGACGAGGGUGAACUACCUGAGAAAUUACAUCGACCAAGUUCUUACUGCAUAUGCGUUGGAUAAUGUGAAUGUAAAGGGUUACUUUGUGUGGUCUUUACUGGACAAUUUUGAGUGGGGAGCUGGUUACACCAAGAAGUACGGACUUUACAAAGUGGACUUUGAGAGAGACAGUCGGGACAGAACUCCGAAGGCUUCGGCAAAUUUUUACAGGGACGUCAUCAGCCAUAAUGGAUUUCCUGCAUCUUGGAUGACAUCGGGGACUUCAUAUUACAUCAACCUCGUGUAUCAUACUUUGAUAUUUUACUGA